AUGGAUGGAGGACGUCCAACAUCGAUGACAAGACAACUCGUGGAUGAGAACGAUGAAAAUUUUUCGUCCUCGCGUUAUUCGCAAAAACCGAAAAGACGUCUAUUUUUUGACUCUAACGAAUGGGAGGAUGCACGUACCAACGUCGAGAAAGAAGAAGAAAACGCUAACAUCGACAGCGAGGAGAGUGCUGCGCACAGAAAUAGGUGUUUGGAGCAAAAACUCGCCCGCGCCGAGGCGUUACAUUCGCUCAGCGUUCAAAGUAAGCGCGAAAAAGCAAACGCGUUCAAUUGCCGUCACGAAGACGUAGUAAAAGCGCAAAAGAACUUCAACAAGGAGAAAAUAUUGCAGAAGUCUCAAAUGUUAGAAGAGAAGCUACGCAGCGCGGCUAUGAAACGAUCCUACGUGCUCUUUCGCAAAGGAAUUCGCGCCAAGUGCGGAGUGCAACAAUCUCCAGAAAAAGCUUUAGAGCGCUUACAACACCUCCACCGAGUCGAACGCGUUCAGAGACUCUGGAGAGUUUAUACAGAGAGUCGAUCGUCUACAGAAGCUUUGGGUAAAAGCAUAUCCGAGAAGUUAUCGUUUGAUAUCGCGCAGAAAAGUUCGAACUACGACGAGUUCGUAUCGUUGCUGCAAGAUGCGAACGUGUUGGACGGAAUGCGGCUCUGGUUGAAACGCUUAGAUUCUCGAUUAGACGCGCUCGGCGCGGAACAGAGCAUUGCGACGCGAUCACAUCUUCGACUCCUGUUUCCUGCGACCAAGAAGAUCGCGUGUCAUCAUCAAUGCCGCAAUCCUCGUAUCGAUUCUUGUGGCGAUUUUGUUAUCCCAAGAUUUCCAACUCGUAUCCUCAUGUGCGCUUAUAUGGUGUGCGCUCACCCAGAAAUGGUAACGGGAGAAUACGCCACGGAGGAUGAUGAACCGUACGAAGUACGGGAGCUUCGAAGCGCGUCCGCGCGUUUGGUGAAAGCCAUCGAUGCAACUAUUGAAUUUUCCUCUGAGCAGAUCAAAAAUGGCUCGAAAAACGCGCUCAUGUUUAACGAACUAGUUGUGCAGUUUGCGCAAAUCUGGGACGAAUACGUUCGGGCCUUCAGCAUCUGGAAAACGAACGACGCGACUGCGUUAGAAGCAGAGUUAGUCCGCAUCGCCGUAGCUAUGGAGGCAUCCAUGCUGAGAAAAUGCGGAGAAGUUUCGUCACAAGCAAAUGCAGAAGAGCCAAUCGAUGAUAUUCGCGCCAUCCGCGAGCAAACGUGCUCUGAUAGAGAGCUUUUGAGAACGAAAGUGAGAGAACUUAGCGGUGACGUUGGAGUUUUAAGAUUUGACGAUGCCAUACGCGCGACUCGUGAGAGCGUAAGAGCUGAAAGACUGGCUGCGUUGGACUCGCUGGAGGAAACCAAAGAUUCUUCGCUCCAUGAAUCCGAAGGACACGCCUCCGAAAAGAAGUUUGAAGAACGGCGCAAACAGCGCUUUCAGCAUUCGCAACAAUUAUUGCGAGAGAAAGAAGAGGCGAAGAAAAAUCUAGCGCAAGGAAAAAACGAGCGCUUACAGCGCAUGUCAAUAAUGGCAGAAUUACUCGCAGACAUCACGUGGCUACCAUUUCAGUUAGAAGACACCGUAUUGGACCACAGCGCGAAGGAUACAACCACAACAACCGUGUCAUCAGUUGCUGGACUCGAGCAUCGGGUACACAUCCACGCGAAAAACGCGUUCUGGGACUUGAUUCGAGAAACAUUAGAUUCUCCGGCGCUCGAUGCGUCCAGCGGAGACAACAUCGUGUCGGUGAACAUUCGCGAGUUAGUCGCUCUCAUUCACUCCCUCGUGCCGGAGUCCUGGAAGCGCAGCGAUGUGACUACACAACGCGCGUUCGAAUUGUUGAACGAACGAGAGCUUUCGCGAAUAAUUUUUGCGCAAAAGGAUACAGCGCUCUUAAAAUCACUUUUAAAGAGUACUCUGGACGCUUCGUUCGCGUUACUAGUCGCUCUCGGUAGCGAUGCACGCGAACCGCAUUCGAAAACAAAACGCGAAUCUUUGUUGAGCGCGUUAGAAAACGCGUCGUAUUCCGGGACGAUAGUUCUUACGCUCCAAUUUUUAUGGGAUAUGGCCAACGAACUCAAAGAGGACAUCUCCAGAGGGAAAACCAUCGUCGCCGUUGAGAAACUGCGUCGUCUCUUGCGCGGGCCCGAUAGCAAUGCUGCCAUAUCUUGGAUUCAAGAUACGUUUAGUCAACUAUACAACCUCGACGCGACUCCGUGUGAUGAAGCCUUACCUAAUACCAGGAAGUGGCUUUUCAAGAGUGCUUGCGAACUGGCGCCGUUGGUCGAAUCCAGCGGUCUUGGUCGAGAAGUUUUGAAGAAUCAACCGUCCGCGCCGAGCGCAAAGAACACUCAUAACAUUCCAGAGAGGAUUUGCGCGGGAUUGAAAGACACAUCCGUCUAUUCCAAGAAGGACCCGAGAGGAAGUCGCCCUGGAGAGGAUGAAAGCGUUCCCGUAAACUGGACUGGCGUUCGAGCCAGUUCGUGCGAAGGUGUGGUUCGAUUGAUGUUUGUCGAUCUAAUUUGUCACCGAGAUGAACACUCUGAGUUACCAGAAACGUUGCGCUUUGAUGCGGCGCGAAUCCAUCGAGCGCAGGAUUCAUUCCAGCGCCUCCUGUUGUCGUGCGCUUGCCUCGCUUUGGUCGAACAGGUGCUCCCGGCGGGCGUCUCUGUCACGCCAGAGAUGAAGCGUGAUUUAAACAAACGCGUCUCCGCAAUUCUGCGCGAUGACGCGAGCAAACUCAAGGACGUCGCCACAGAAGUUGCUCGAACAGUUGGUUCUUCGCAAAGUACAUCCACAAUAUCACUCGUCGAGCGUAUGCUGCUGAAACUGAUUGGCGAAGGCACCCGGGAAGAAAAGAACGCCCCGGUAAAAUCAUCUGAUGAUAUUUCGAAGGCUUUGCUAAAAAACGUGCGGGAAGCGCUCGUUGCGAGAGUUCUCGGCGGUAAGAAUGCACGUGAACCUAUGAUUUCUCGUUUGAACAACUGUCGAUCGGGGAUCGUUGCGGAAGAAUUCGACGCUUUGGCUGUUCGUAUCCACGCGCUCGCCCAGACGUCUUUCGUCAUACACAAAAGCGCCGUGUACGACCCUCUUGUGCUCAAAGCGUACGAAACUUCGGAAGAACUGUAG